AUGGGUCCGCGUCGGAGAAGACUCUGGAGCAGAAGCAAGUCCAAACGAGCAGACGUAGAAAAUCCGCCUGUCGACGACGAACCCCAAGCUGAAGAAACGCAAAUCGAGGAACACAGUAUCGAUGCGAAGGGUACCAAGUCCGUCCACAGGCACAUCUUCCCUGAGGAACUGAAAGGAUCGGCACCAAACCUUCAGCUCAAUCUUCCAAAGAAGGGGGGCGACAUCUCUGUCGGUUUUGUCGAAGAUUCCAGCGAAAAAACACAGUCGAAAUCCCGAGUAUUGACGAAGGCAAAGACGCUAGUCCAAGGACAGCGAUCGAGUUCAAGAAGACAUUCGCAUGAAGCGAACCGAGCGGAUCCGUCAAAGGAGUUGCCUCCACUCCAGCUGUUUUGGUUGCAGCAGAAGCACACUGUCAACGAUCAGGAUUUUGACCCAUUCCUCAUCCUUGGUGGAUACAAGGAUGAACUAUUGACCUCGAGUCGACUGGAUCAUGAGAAGUGGAAAGAAUUAUGGGGUAUGAUCAUCCCUGAAUGGGUCACGAGAUUUGCGGGGAACCAGUAUGAGUUUCUUACCAUCUGCGCUUCUGUUCUUGGCCUAGUAGGAUUCAUACUACAAUUUGAAGGCCUUCGCGGUCUAGCAUGGCCUACAGCAGUUGCUCAACUAGGGGCUAUAUUUCUGGCAGCUCUGCUUAGAGCAAUCAUCAGGCGCCGCUUGGGGGAAAGCCCGGUGGCUAUCAGCGCUUUUGCAGGCCACGAACUAGAUUGGUUGACUCUCCGGCUCGUCUAUGAGCAGAAUGCGCUGACAGCGCCUCGGGCAUCCGGAGAUGCCGACGCCGUGAAAGUCGUUACACGCUGGAAGGUACUGACCAGACCAGACUUGCCAAAUGUAUGCAAGAACGAGGACAAGAAGAAGAGCCCCUCGGACGAUCCCGAUGCGCAACGGAUGCGUUCAAACAUUCACGGGAUUUCCCAAUUCCCACGAUCCCUUCUAGUGGAAAGGGGGGAAAUGGUCGACGUACAGAAAUCUGCAUACGUUCUACACCAGGGAAUCUCGAGACAACCAGAGCCAGACUCGAAAUGUCUAUUCCAACAGACAAGCCAGGUCGCAGUCGACGUUCGGCGGCGCCUAGGAGAGCUGUCACAAUGUCCCGGCGCCGCUUCGCAAGAGGCUAUAGCUCUCGCUCAAGCCAUGUCUCUAGUGCUCACCGAUCUUUGCCCUGUCCAAGAAAAUUGCGACAAGAUCUUCAUUUGGUCCCUAGCUACGGUAAUGUUGAAAGUCGAUGAAACAAUUGAAGCUCAACAGCCCAACCGACCUAAGCCUUCCCGCACCAAUAGCAACAAACUCUUGCUCGCCAUUCCUAAGCGCGGGAAAUCUGGCGAUCCACAAGUGAACAAACCGCACGGAAUUCUUGAAAGCAAGCCAGAUACGGUGACUCUCAAGGCCAAGGGGACCAAGAAGGGUUGGAGCAUGCAACCAGUUGACAUCGAUGCUAUACUCUCCUUGUGGAUUUCCACACUUGCACGGUCCGGCGCCAAUGCGAACAUCAAAGGCAGAACACAUGGGCAAGGUGGCCCAGAGGACGACGACAUGGAAGACGAUGAGUCAGGCAACUGGCUGUCACAGGCGUCCAGUGCGACCGUCAAAUAUCGCCGGAUCCUAGGGGAAAACCCGCCUCCCUACAAGGCCCAGGAUCCUACGGGGCCUCUUUGCGAAUCUGAUACUGGUACCGAUGCUGAUAAGAGAGCCAACAUCGUCCGUACAGAUAUCUUGACAAGAGACCUCAGCUGGUGGACAAACGACCCCCGCGUUACGGCUAUCACUGAGGAUGAUGAAGAUCCGCAAGAUACAGGUGAUGAUAUGCUUGAGAUUGGAUUCAAUGGUCUUUACCCAAAGCGCCAAACAAUUCCGAACAGUGAUACCCUAAAUUCACCUAAACAGGUUAGCCAGGAUCCUACAACAAACAAAGGUCAGGCUCCAGAAGCACCGCAGACCUCUGCAGAGCUCAAAGCUGUGCAGGAAGAAGCGCCACGUGGAAAGGUCGUCUCUAUCAUUUCCGAUGGACCACUUGCAGUCGUCCUUGCACACCAUCUGUUUUCUGCCUUCAUGUGGGCCGUGUCGGACGAGAUACGGGAAGAUAAGAUCGAUACCGCAACCGUAGAAGACGCUGAGCUAUUCGACGGUUCAUAUUUUGAAGACACAUGGAACAUCCCGACGCUUCGGAACAAGACACUGAUGAAAUUGGCCAGAGCCAUUGUAGGACUUGGACUGGGCCCUAUUGAUGACGUGCUUUUGGCGAUAAUACCACCUUUGAGCCAUCGAGGAAUACUCCCCAACGAAGCUAUGAUGGGUGUAUUGCUGAGGAAAACGAAGGAUCACGAAAGGGAUCAUGACUGGCCCCAAGCACAGAUCACCUACCUCAAUCUCCUUGAUCUAGAAAUGGAUCCACGUGGCAUGGAUCGCAUUUCUUACGAGAUCGUUGUUGAGUUGAUCGAGUUCUUGUUCCUGGCCAGAGAAACCAUAGAUGAUCUUCGCGGCUCGAAGACCCUGGAAGGAAGCGAAACGGUAGGCAAUCAAGCUACGUCUUUACGACAAGCAGUGCAAGCCGUGAGCUCAGGCUUGCAAUCUCAUGCAUUGUUAUUCAGUGUAGCAAGCCAAUUGCGUUGGUUUUAUUAUCGUCAGCAACGAGAGAGAAAAUUCGACAACCUUAUGGAGAGUCUACAGGUCCUACCAUCUGAAGUCAGGAUUACUGGCGAUCGAGACCAAUCAAAGAAGAUUACCAGACCGGACGACAGACUACUCAAGCUAGUGAGAUUUUCGUCUUACCAUGAUUAUAUCGCCAGACGUCUAGCAGAAAAGAGCGAGCGAUCCUCGGGUGAACUCACCGGACAAGAGAUGAAGUCGGAGUCAAAACAAACAGCUACAAUGAAAGAAUCCGAAUGGAAGAAAUUGGCAACGAAGCCCGAUAUCUUUGGCUGGUAUCCACUUCAUUAUGCUACUGUCGGUGGCAACAGUGUGCUCUUCCACGAGGUUUCCAGGAUACAUAAAGUCGGGGGGAAGCCUCAGCAUGAGCUCAGAGACAAGUCCGGAAGAACGCCUCUGCACUACGCAGCUAUGUAUGAACCAGGGUGGAUCAAGACCUUCACCGGCACGCAGGAAAAGGGAAAGUCCGCUGCGAAGGUCCUUGGAAGAAACGGAAUGUUACCAAUCCAUUGUGCUGCUAGAUUAGGGAUGGUGGAAUCGCUUGCCAAUUUGGAGAAGUACUGCAAUCUCAACGCAGUGGACUCCUUUGGUCGUUCUGCGCUCCAUCUUGCCGUCCUCGCUGUCAGCCCAAAGGUAGUGGAGUUCCUUCUCAAAGACGACACAAGAAACCCUAUCAUCCAAACCGGGGAUGAGCUCCUACAGCGCACGCCUCUGCAUUUUGCUCUCGUAAAUGCCGGGGACAAAGGCGAGCAACCUGAACUCGUGGAUGAGAAGAAGGAGAUCGUGAACCAGUUGAUGGCCAGAGUUAUGGCUCGGGAGAAGGAUCUCGAAGCAAUGACCAUCAAUGACGAGCGCAAAGACACACCAAUAAAGCUCGCUUUGAGGAAUCAAGACGUUGAACUUUUCAAGACGCUGCUCUCCAAACUACCAAACGUUUCCAGACCGCAAGACACUGACGCUGAACGAAGCGUUGUAACAAUGUGCUUCACAAGUAUGUUGAAAGAGGCCGUGCGACUUAAAAGCCAGGACGUCCUGGUGUUGCUCUUCGAACACGUCAAACAAGCUAGGGACCGUUCCUUCGUCGACAUGUUGCACCGAAUGCUCAAGAUUGUAGACUCCUUAGUCGGUGAAACCGUAUCGGGCCACACCGUCAGCGCUAGUGCAACCGAGGAGACGGGGGAAAGCGAUGAGCCCAUGACUGAAAGUCGAGGCGAUGCGAAACCCUUCGACCCGGAUGCCGUUUUGACAGUCACUCCCAAGUUCCGCAACGACUUGGAGAGAGAAUUCCAGAUCAGAAAGGAGCUUGUCAUGAUAACUGCAAUUCAAAGUAUGGAUUCCAGUUUCGUAGGUCAUGUGUUCGAUAAAGGAAUUCAAGAUCUUAGCCAAGAACACGUCUGGAACGGAAAGGACUCCCAGAAUCGCUCGGCACUCGCAUACAUUGCAAAGCUCAAGAAGCUCAAGAAGCUCAGGAAGGGCUUAUCCGACGAAGAGCUGGACAUUCCCAUGAAUAGGCGCAUCGCCAUGCUGGACUUCCUUUGGGGCCAUUGGCGUGUUGAAGAUAAAGCAAGAGCAUUGAAUGACCCUCAAGGAAGUUAUGACAAGACGCCCCUCAUCUACGCCGUCAGAAACAACCUUCUUCCUCUGGCCAAGAAGUUCGUGGCGGCCAUCGCUGAGGCCAAAGCCCACAUAGAAGGAAUGGAUGCGUAUGGCUCGUCUGCCUUCAUGUACGCUUUGCAGAAGGAUGACGACGCAGCGGCCGAAUGGUGGAAGACCUUGGCUGAUGCCGAUCCAUCUCUUGUCAACGAAAUUACCGGUACGUAUAAGACUACCUUCAGCACUAGGCCCUUGAUCGAAGCAGUCCGCGACGGUCGAGACGACAUAACUAAAUUCCUCUCCACAUACCCCGAGACCGAUCCCAACCUUGGAGAUCGAGAUGGAGAUCCUACUCUUGCCUGGGCUUAUUGGCAGGAGAGUCCGCCAUUACUUGUCACUCUCUUCGAAAAGUUCGAUACAAUCGAUCCACAUAAAAGGAACAAGUCUGGGAUUUCACCGCUCAUGUAUGCCUAUCGUGAUGCGAUGGAUGAUGGCAUUUCACCUCGCAUUCAGACCAUGUUCCAGGCCCCACGUAUUAGGAUGCAAGGGUACGAAGUCACUAUCAUGUUAUCGCACGCCAAUUGUCGUGGGAACAUGAGCCUCGUGACGUUUCUUUUGGAAAGGCGUGCGGAUCCUUGUUCGUGUGACGAUGCCGGCCGUUCUCAAGUUGAGUUAGCAGCACUUCGUGGCAACUUGGAGGUCUUCAAAAUUCUUUGUCAGACGCCGGAAGUUGCAAAACAACCCGAGAAGUUGAAACGCGUUUACCAUGCGUGCGUCCAAACGACCCAUGAAAACAAUGAGAAGAUUAUCGACGAGUUGAUCAAGAGGAAGAUUGACAUCAGCACGACAGAGCCCGAUGCCAAUGGUUGGAACCUAGAGGAAUGUGCCAUGUACGCGGGGAACCCCCAAGCACUGAAAAAGUUGAUCAUCAAAGGGGAAACGGGCCCACCACCUCUUCGUCAACAUAGACAACCUUCCAGCUGGGCUCUACGGCCGGACAACCCCUUCUUUAAGGCCCUACAUGACGAAUGCACUCUGAGUGAGUCCUCCUGGUCGCUUUUGUGCGGACUAGACACCGUGACACUAAUGCGAUAUGCAGUGGUGAAAGCCCCUUUCCCAGACGGCCUGCCAUCUGCAGCAAACAAUGGCUCUUAUCUUUUGGUUCGCGCAAAUUCUUGCAUACCCUAUGGAAUGAGACGAUACUAUUGGGAGAUGAAGAUUAUCAAUAACCCCGCUGACAUGACCCGCUUUGAAGCUCCCGGAUAA